UCAGCCCUGGGGGUUGCAGGAAGUUGGAACUGCCAUGUUUAGCUGCUUUGUUGUAGAUUGGUUGUAGGUUUCCUGCAGAUAUUAGCCAGUGUUGCAAUGGAACCGAGCUGGAGUACGUUUUUAUUCCAACAGGCCAAUGAGGCUCUGCAUCACCAGCACCAAGUAGCCGGGAACAGCCUCUUGCCUUUGCUCAGUUCUGUAACGGAGCCACCUGAUCAGAAACCAGUGCUACCCAUUACCUUGGACCAGAAACCCCCUGUCAGUGCUGCAGAACUUCUUAAAGACAAUGUGGCUAGUGGGACUGGGGGAGGUGGUGGUGGAGGGCCUCAAGUUGCUGUAGUCAAAAAAGAGCCUAAAUCAAAGACGCCCUUCAUCUGUGGCUAUUGCAACAAGGCUUUCCGUGACAGCUACCACUUGCGGCGGCAUGAGUCUUGCCACACUGGCAUUAAGAUGGUUUCACGGCCGAAGAAGACACAAACAGCCCCCACCAUGGUGCCGCUCAUAUCCACUGUACCACGUGAGAAUAGUGGAAAUGCUUCAUACAUUACUACUGUCGCUGGUAUCCUGACCACAGCCACCACGUCAACAUCCACCGGCACUAGCAUCAUGACCCCAAUGCAACACCAGCAGCCGCAGAGCAUCCCUAAGAAGCCCCCCAAACCUGUGAAAAAGAAUCACGGCUGCGACAUGUGUGGCAAGGCCUUCAGAGAUGUGUACCACCUCAACCGCCACAAGCUGUCGCACUCUGAUGAGAAGCCGUUUGAGUGUCCCAUCUGCCAGCAGAGGUUCAAGAGGAAGGAUCGCAUGACGUACCAUGUUCGCUCCCAUGAUGGUGGAGUUCACAAGCCUUACAUCUGCUCUGUCUGUGGGAAGGGCUUCUCCAGACCUGAUCACCUAAGCUGUCAUGUGAAGCAUGUCCAUUCCUCAGAGAGACCUUUUAAGUGCCAAGUAACGGCCUGUACCUCCGCCUUUGCUACCAAAGACCGUCUGCGCUCCCACAUGAUCAGGCAUGAAGGCAAAGUGACCUGCAACAUCUGUGGCAAAAUGCUAAGCGCUGCCUACAUCACAAGUCACCUCAAGACGCAUGGCCAGGCCAGCUUCAGCAACCCAUGUAACAAUAAAGGCAUAAGUGACUGGCAGUGGAACCACUCAGGGCCACGAAAAGGUGAGUUGACGGUAGGAGAGAUUUUAAAUAACUCCUUCCAAGUCCUAAUUGACAACUCUCACAAAGAUGGCAACAACGUGCACAACAACUCGGCCACUACGACGCCAGUCACCAACUCAGCAGCUAUCACCUCAGCUGUGAACCGCGGUGGAAAUGCCAGCAAUCCUGUCACCAUCGCUGCUCAGAUGAACAUCGCCACCAGCACGGUCAACAUCACGUCACCGGUCAGCCUGCAGCAUCCCGUCACCAUCACGGGCCCUGUGAACUUGGCCUCUGUCAACAUCCCUACAACGGCACACAUGAAUAUCGCCCACCCAGUGGCUAUCACUACUCCCAUGCCCAUGAAUAUUACUGGGCCACUCAACAUUGCCAUGAGGCCGAUGGAGAGCAUGCCUUUUCUAUCUCAAGUUCUGCCUUCUUCACCUCCUUGGUAGAGCCUGUGUAGGCCAUGUGAGAGCUGAUAAUGUUUUAACUGCCUAAUAAUGGCCGAGUCUGUCAGAUCUUAAAAUGCCCCACUAAAUGGCUUGAUAGUGUGUUAAAAUGGAAAAGGUGAUAACUAAUCUAAUUUAACCACAUAGAUAGUAACUGGCAAUUGUUACUAGCAGGAGUCUUUUUUUACAUUAUUUCUCAAUUGUGAAUUUUAUUUGUAUUUAUAGAAGGAAAAAUUAUAGGAAAUCAAUUGUUUGGCUUAUAGUCGCUCACUGCAGAGUAGUAGCCUACAUAGCAAAGUGAGAUAAAGUUUGCUGCCUCCACGUGAGAAUCUGCCAGCCGAAUGGUCUUUUGUAUGAAGAAGAAGAAGACGUACCUUAUUAAUCCCGCAAGGGGAAAUUCAAUGUUGGCUACAUGGCUACACUCUUCUAUCAUAGUAUUUGUUUUAUUUCAGUUAUAUAUAUAUAUAUAUAUAUUGUAAUAUAGGACAUUUCUAGAAAUUUAAUAGUGAACAGUGUUUUUGAUACCAGAUGGGAGUUUCUGUUUUUGGUUAACCCAGUGAAUUAAUUACCUGGCAAAUCAAGGUGCUUCAUCACAUUGAUGCAAUUUUUUUGUAAAUCAGUGAUCACCAUAAAGCAGUCCUGCUCAUGGAUUUGCAACAUUGCCCAAACCAAAAAGGAGAUAUAGCUCAGUGUAAACAGUAUGGCCAAAUCUCAGACAGAUAAAAAAGUAUGUAUCAUCAUAUCGCCCAGAUGUGUUGGUUUCAGCUCUUAAGUCAUACGUACUAUUUGGGUUUAAGAAGGCCAAGUCAGACUCAGAUAUGAACAAAAAAGUCAGAACUUAAUGUCAGUAAUUUUUCCAUAGCUGUCAGUCUCAUCAGUGGAAGAGGGUUUCUCAGUUAUAGAGUUGUCCCUGCAUAUUUUGGGGCUGAAGGAUUGUAAUCACAUUGUUUAAAGAUGGCAUACAGUUGAAAGCCCUGAAAAAGCUAGCAAGUGGUCCUUCAGUUCAAAUGAUUUUUUCAAAGUACUAUCUGCAGUGUCAAGAAGGAACUUGGGCACUCAGAGAAGCUCGCAGUUAGAAUGAUGUCACAAGCCGCAGAACACUGUAGGUCACCUCUUUCAAAUGCUAGCAUGAUGUGGCCCCAUGACACGGGUGAAUGGGAUGUUUAAAAGGUGAUAUUUUGAGCAGAUGUUCUGUAUAAAUAUGCCAAAGAUUUUUCUAAAUAUAGUGUUUUCCCAUGAAUGCUAUAUUUUAAAAGAUGAGGGAAAACACUUAAACAGCAUAAAGUCUCUGUUUGAAACCCAAAAUAAUGAAAUUAGCACCUUUCACCACCCACCGCACCACCGCUUGUACUACCACCUGUGGAAGAGUGUGUGUGUGUGUUCUUGCAUGUUUUAUAUCUCAGUGGGGACUUGAACCUGAAUGCACACAGUAACCGAUGGGGACUCGAGUCACGGUGGUGACCUAAAUUCUUGUCCUCACACACAGAGACGCUGUUUGAGGGUUAAGGUUACAGUUAUCAUCAUUAGUCCCAACACACGUUAAAUUAUUGCAAUAAUAAUGAACUUUGCAUCACUUUGAUAUGUGAGAAUGUGAAUGAAUUGCUUCAGUUGGUUUUAAUUACACUUAAAACCAAAAUAGUUUUUUUCUACCACUUGACAUGGUUUCAAAUUAUCGGGCAGUUAUUACAGUAUCAGCUGCUACAUGUUCACCCAUUUUUUUGUUUGUGUUUAUCCCUUGCUUACCCCUUUUUCACACUUGAGUAGUUUGUUUCAAGAUGACCGAUAAUCAUUGCAGCAGUAAACACAGUGUGUGCUGAGGAGAGGCAGCCCCUUUUUAGAGCUCUGUUUCCUAAAAUCCUUCAUUUCUCUUUAGCCGCUGAAGGUCAGUGUAGGUCUUGUAAAAGUGAACAGUUGAAAAUGAUUUCCUCAGCUGGGCAUCUGACUUCAAACAUGGAUAAUGCGUGAAACCUUACUGUGCGUUAGGCAUUGUUUAACAACUCCUUAAAUGGAAGUGCAUUGUCAAAGUUGUUCUUACAUGCUUCUUUUCAAAGUAGAUUUAGGUUCAUGCUAUUUUUACUAUUCUUUUAGAGGACUUAUCAGUAUUUGAUAAGUACAAAAAGCAAAGCUUCCAUUUCAGGGGAUUUUGUUAAUGAUUCAGAGGCUCCACCAACCAUCAACUUUUCCCUGUGUCUGUAUUUUAAACUAGCUGGAAAUCAGUCACUUGUCACUGCUGGAUACUCUACUGAUGUUAAUUUGUGACAUCUGUUUGGAAAUAUGUGUGUCAGUUAUGACAGUUGAAGGUACAGCAAAGAGAAGAUGUACUGAAAGCAUGUCCCCUAGGGUUUGCCAUUAAAAUGGCAGUAUUAUCCAAGGUCAGAUUUCUUUAAAUUUGGAUUACUGAGGACUUUUUAACUGUAAAGUUCGACAUAGCCCCCCAGUGGCAAUCCCAAAGCAAGCUUUUGUGGUGUGUUCAGGUGGUUAUGUUGUUUACUGAAGCAGGUAUAGGAUCCCAUCACUGUCAAUGAAACUCAGGAAGGUUACUGAGAAUAUUCUUUUAAAACCAUGUUCAACACUUUACACUGACCAUUUCUUUGUAAAUAUGAAACACUAUUUUAUUAAUGCCUUUUACCUGUGGGGAAAGGGAACCUCCCUCUGCUUACCACAGGCUAGCAAUGCAAGAACUAUAUCACCACUGAUGUGGCCGUCCAUCCCGUAGAGGGCAGAGAAGUGAGUAGAUAAAGCUGGCAUCAGUUUCUUUUAUUAUCAACAAAUACCAGAAAAGAGACAGAAAUGGCAUCAUCUGUGUAGCUGUGGCUUCCUAGAGCUUUUACCUCCAAUACCAUGGAACUCUAUUGAAAAUUGGUUUACAUGCUGCUUUGCUGAGAUAAACACUGAGUGCAGUUAAUUAAGUGAAAGCUGAACCGCUAGCCAGUUGAUGUCAUCUGCGCCACACUUGUACAGUGGCACAUUGUUGCAGCACCAGGAUGUGGCUACACGGAUCAUACCAUACCGUCUGCAGGAUAAACUAGGUUGUAGUUUCUUCAGGGAAAUUAUUCUAGAAGCAAAAUAAAUCCAGCCUUAUUUUUAAUCAGAUUUUUCUCUCAAUUGUUGUUUUAUUUAGUUUUUUUCCAGGUAGUUAACCUUUACUGGAACAUUGAGGCUGUGAUCACAAAGGAGGCCUGCUCAAAGCUCAGAUGUACCUGAAAGAGCAAGAUGUCAGAGGGUGGGAGUAGCAUUAUUCAUGUUGCUAAGCAACCUAAGGGUUGACAACUUGGAAACGGUGACAAGUAAAUCUGUGACCUUGCCCACACAGCCCAGUUUUCAGAUCCUGUUAUAAUAUCUGAUAAAUACUUCACAUGAAGCAUGUUGGGGCUUUAAUUGCUAGUUAGUGAAGAUGUACCACAAAGUAAAUCAUAUCUUCCCACAGCUCUUCCUAGAGCCCCCUGGGAGAGCUGGAAUGUUGAGACAACCUGCUCACAUUCAGAACAGUUUUUGCAGAGCACAAAGAAUUGAAUCUAAAUAGGAUGGAGACGUGUGUCUGUCACAUACAAAGGGGCAAACAUUAACAAGGCUUGUCUGUGAUCUCAGCCUCAGCUGUUCCUAUACCAGGCUGACAUACUGUCCACAGUUCCCUGGGGAACUCAAAGUGAAUUAGUUUGUAGAUGUGAAGCCUUUCUGUAGUAAGGGCCUAUUUUCAAUGCAGGAACUCUGAAGCACUUGCAGCAAAACUGUAGGAUGUGCACACUACAGAAGAGGGGUUCUUUGGUGGAAUGAGUCUGAUUGGUGUUUGUUUUACACUUCACCCGGCCACCUAGAUGUUUGGCCCUUGAUUUAAUUGUAUGCAUGCCAACACUGUCCACCGAGGGAAAUAAUAUUGGAAAUUGAUUUAUUUCCUAUCUUUCUUUCCGAUGUUGCAUGUGUAUGACUGAGCUUGUUCAGUGUAGGUUUGAGUUCAACAAUCAUUAUUAGAAAGCUAGUGACUUUUUUUUUUUUAAAACAAAACACUAAAAAAAUUAGGAUGAAGAAAGUGUGUGGUGUCAUUUGUCCUCCAGUUGCCGUAAACAAGUGUGCCUGAAAUACUUUGCAAGACUUCCACACGUUGAUGCUUCCUCCUCUAGGUGUGCUGUGGGAUGGAAUAGUUUUGUGAAGGAAGCCUUCAUCAGUUCAGAUGGCCGAGGCCCCCCACAGGUCUUGCAACCAAACUAUGUAUUGAUUUGUUAAACCUAAUGAUUGUGAAGAUGUCAUAUUCUACUCCAGGAACAACCUUGGAACAUGAAUUGAGAUCUUUAUUUGAGGUCAUUUAAAUGUAUCCGCAAUUAAACCAUGUGGUUUAAUUUUUUUGGACUCCAACUGGAAAACAAACCAUUCAUUUGGCCAAAUAAGAUUUGGAAGGUCAUUUUUAUUUUCUGUGAAGUUUGUAUGAUGAAUUUGGCAGAUGUGAAGGCAAAUGAAUGUAUAUCUUUGUACAAAUCAUUUAGUUCAGAGGACAUGUUAGUUAUGACAGACAUGCAAGAAAAAAAACUUUUAUAAAUCUUUUUGUAUUAGAACAUUAACAAUGGUAAUUUUUGUAUAUACGAAGGCUAGGCUUUCUGAUUAGCAGAAAGGUAAAACAUUCCUGCAUUUUUUUUAAAUGUAUGUCCAUUGAGAAUAAUUAAGUGUAUAAUAAAUAUGCGCAAUGUUUUAUGUGCCUUUUAUUUGGGUUUGUCUAAAUAAAAGAAACCAAUAAAACAUGAUUGUGGACUGUCCAUGCAGAUGAAAGUCAAUGCUUUCCAUCUCAACUGAAUCUUCGGACUGACCCCCCUGCACUCAAGACACUCCCCUAGAUCAGGACAGAUGUACUCUUUACUGGUUUAAGUUGGUUUUCCUAGCUUUAAGAUGAUUGCUAAAGUCCUCGAUCUGCGUGGCUGUUUCUGAUCUCCAGGGUCCUCCGUGUCUUCACCGGCUCACUGGCUCACAGUUGGCCUGCUCAUGAUGAAAGUGCCUCUGUGACUUUGCUUAUUUGAGUGGACUGUGGGAGAUUUUGUGCCAAAUCAUGGUCUAUGUGACGACAAAAACAUUUCGGUGUUUUUUCAUUCUCUAACUAUUAAACUUGAAAAAUGUGA